UCUAAAACCUUUCAAAGUUUUGAAUAAAGCUAUUGUCUUCAGCUAACAAAACAUAAAAAUAAAAUAAACAGUUAUAUUUUACAAUACGGAUACAGUCUUAAAGUACGAUCAACAUUUGUAAAAUUUAUAACAAUCACUGUCUAUAAUUAAUAGUAAUUUUAGUAGUAUAAUGAGUUCAGUAGUCGCCACAGUCAACGACGCAGAUACAAAAAGAGCAGAACGUUUGAAGAAACUUAGAGACCUUCAUAUCAAAAGAAAUGAAGCCAGAGCUAAUAACCACCAAGAAGUUAUUGAAGAAGAUAAACUAAUGAAAUUACCAUCAAAUUGGGAAGCGAGACAAAGAAAAGCAGAGUGGUUGUUAAAUGAUGAUAAACUUCGUCAAGAAGCAAAAGAGAAAGGACAAGAUUAUAAUCGUUUAAAACUUUUAAAUAUGACUGCAAUGGAAGCAGAUGCAAUUGACAGAAAAAAGAAUCGUAAAAACCCAGAUCCUGGUUUUUCAGAUUACGAACAGGCAACAGCUCGGCAAUAUAACCGAAUGAUAACUAACUUUAAAGUAGAUAUGGAUGCUUAUAAAAGGCAAAAAGAAAAACUUGGAGGUGCGUUUUACGCAGAAUCCAAUACAUAUUUACAUGACAAAAUAAAAGAUUCAAAAGAAGGCGUUGACAGAAUGGUAGACGAUCUUGAAAAACAGAUUGCAAAACGACAGAAAUUCAGCAGAAGAAGAACACAUAAUGAUGAAGCCGAUAUUGAUUACAUCAACGAGAGAAAUAUGAAAUUCAAUGCUAAAUUAGAGCGGUAUUACGGGGAACAUACUACUCAAAUUAAACAAAAUUUAGAAAGAGGAACUGCUAUUUAAUUUUUUAAAUAUUUUUUUGUUUUGUAUUACUUUUUACACUAAUAAUAAUAAUAAUAUUAAAUAACAUUUAUCACAACAGGUAAAAUAAAAUGUCAAUAGAACCUUUUUUUUCUUCAA